AUGAAAUUCUCACACAGUAUCCAAUUCAAUGCUGUUCCGGACUGGAGCAGCCACUACAUCGCAUACAGCAAUCUCAAGAAGCUGAUUUACCAACUCGAGAAAUCAGUUCAUCAAACCGUCGGUACCGACGCCGAGUCACGACCUCUUAUCCAGAACGAAGAACCCGAGGCCGUCUUCAAACGAGCGCUAGAUGUCGAGUUGGAAAAGAUAGACUCGUUCUACCAUGUCAAAGAGAAGGAACUCACUGAGGAGAUCGAUAAUCUGCUGAGGGACGUUGGCGCAUUCGAGAAUGAACUCACACGAUCUCUGCGUCGCUUCAGCACGGGGUAUGACGACUAUGCCGAGCAGGCUGUGCUGUUCUCAUCCGGAAUAAUGCUGAAGAAGAGGAUCAUAAGCCUCUAUGUUCAGCUGUGCGAACUGAAGUCUUACGUUCAGUUGAACAGGACAGGCUUUAGAAAGGUCUUGAAGAAGUUCGACAAGAUUGUUGAUCGGAAAUACCGACAGGUCUACAUGGAGAAGUAUGUUGAUACGGCAUACCCUUUCCAAAAAGACACUAUCCGCAACGUCGAAGAGUACAUCGAGAAGGUGGAGAAGGCAUAUACAGAAAUCGUCACCGACGGUGAUGAAGUUGCUGCUAAGAAGGACCUGCGUUCACAUUUACGAGAGCAUGUUGUAUGGGAACGCAAUACGGUCUGGAGAGAUCUCAUCGGCAUUGAGCGUCGGGCAGAAGCAGCAAGUCUCGGCCGUGUCCUAAUGGGACGGGACGGCGACCCGACGAAAACUCGACUUCAGGGUGAUGACGAGCAGUUUCCUUCAACUAAGGAAAUUACGACACCGAUUGGCCGCUUUACGUGUCCAACAUGGCUGUUCAGCUCGGGUAUGUUCAACCUCAUCAUUAUCAUUGCCGUUUUCCUCGUUUUACUGUUGGUGCCAAUCAUGGAGAAGCCCGAGCAACAAAACUGUCUGGCUAUGCUGGUGUUCGUCAGUUUGCUGUGGGCUACCGAGGCCAUUCCACUCUUCGUGACCUCGCUCAUGAUACCCUUCCUUUGUGUGGUACUCAAUGUAGUGCUCUCAGAGAACCCGCCAUAUGCUCGGCUAAAUUCGAAGGCAGCGACGACCUACAUCUUUGCUGCCAUGUGGACGCCAGUCAUCAUGCUUCUUCUAGGUGGCUUCACCCUGGCUGCCGCCCUGUCUAAAUGUAUGAUCGAUAAGCGGAUCGCGACUUUUGUGCUUAGCAAGGCUGGCACGAAGCCGAGAACAGUGCUUAUCGCAAACAUGCUGGUAGCGGCGUUCGCCAGCAUGCUUAUAAGCAAUGUGGCAGCUCCUGUGCUGUGCUUUUCCAUCAUUGAGCCGAUGUUGAGGAACCUACCGGCAGGUUCAAACAUGUCCAAGGCCGUAAUAAUGGGCAUCGCCCUAGCAUCGAACGUUGGAGGCAUGCUUUCGCCUAUCGCCUCACCUCAGAACGUGGUCGCCAUGGGAAUCAUGACACCCGAGCCCACAUGGGGCCAGUGGUUUUUCAUCGCCAUUCCCGUUGGCCUCGUCUCGAUUGUUCUGAUUUGGCUAUUGCUCCUCGCAACCUUCCAUCCAGGAAAAGGCACAACCAUUGUCCCAAUCCGUCCAGUCAAGGAUAGAUUUACUGGAAUUCAAUGCCACCAACUUGAGAGUGUCUUUGGCGACAUGGGCGUUAUUGCAAUCAUACCGAUUGUCUUGUUCUUUGGAGUUGGCAUUUUGACCAAAGAAGACUUCAAUAACUUUCCUUGGACAAUCAUCAUUCUUGCAGCAGGAGGUUUGUCACUUGGAAAAGCUGUCAAGUCCUCUGGUCUGCUCGAUACCGUUGCUGUUGCCAUCACACAUCGUGUUGAGGGCAUGAGCCUGUACGGUGUACUGGUUGUUUUCUCCUGCCUGAUCCUUGUCAUCGCAACCUUCAUUAGCCACACCGUGGCCGCUCUUAUUAUCCUACCUCUCGUCUUCAAUGUCGGUAAGGCGAUGGAUCAACCGCACCCGAAUCUCCUGGUUAUGGCUGGUGUUCUGAUGUGCAGCGCUGCUAUGGCCCUGCCUACUAGCGGUUUCCCCAAUAUGACCGCUAUCAUGAAAGAAGACCCUGCUGGACAGAGAUAUCUGCAAGUUAAGCACUUCAUCAGCAGAGGCGUGCCGAGUAGUCUCAUGACCCUACUCGUGGUGCUGGCAGCCGCCAUGCUCUCCGCAUUCACAGCUCGACCUAUCAUCGAGCUCAAACAACGGGACAAGUCUAAGAUAGAGACUAUUCUGGCAUAUGGCGACCGGGUCUUUGUCGGUCUCAACACUGGUGUCCUACGCGUCUAUCGCCUCAACGAACUCCCUCCUCCCCCAGCCCCUUCUAAGCCGACAAAUGGCACGUCAACCGAUGACUCUGCCGCAGCUGGUAGUCCUCCCAAAGAUGUUGCGCCGGCUUCGACAGAUGCCCGAUCGCCAUCCUCUUCCCAGCCCGCCGUCAAGCCAACCGACCUCCUCCGCGAGGUGGAGAAGUUCUCGACACGCGCCAUCGAGCAGCUCGCGAUAAUCAAGGAAGCCAACGCGCUGAUCAGCCUCUCCAACUACGCCGUCUCGCUGCAUGACUGGCAGACCUUUGAGCCGAUCGAGGCGCCACUGGCGCGCACCAAGAACGCGUCGUGCUUUGCGGUGACUAGCAACAUCGUACGCGACCCCGCUACGGGCAUACCCGAGAUAAUCAGCCGGCUGGCGGUCGCUGUCAAGAGGCGGCUGUUGCUGUGGAGCUGGCAUGAGAGCGAGCUGAGUCCAGAUGUUGGCGAGAUCGUGCUGGCCGAGAGCAUUCGGAGUGUGACGUGGGCAAGCGCGUCGAAGGUCGUGUGCGGCAUGAAUGGAGGCUAUAUCGUUGUCGAUGUCACCACGAGUGAGGUCGAAGAUGUCGUUGCUCCGGGAGCCAUCGGCGGUGCAGCUGGUGGACAGGGCAGGUUCGGCGCCGUGAGUAGCGCGGGUAUGGGAUACAUGGGACUGGGCGGCUACAUCCCAAAACCGCUGGCCGCGAAGCUGGCUGAUGGGCAGAUGCUUCUCGCCAAAGAUAUCAACACAUUAUUCAUUACAGACGAAGUCUGGAAGAUGGAUGCCACAGACUACGACUCGCAGGUUGAAGAGCUGGUAUCAAGUGGCAAAUACGACGAGGCGAUCAGCAUCCUGAACAUGCUGGAGGAUGCUCUCUUGAAGAAUAAAACGGAAACGCUGAGGGAGACCAAGAUGCAGAAGGCUGAAGUCCUCUUCAAGCAGCGCAAGUAUCGCGAGUCGAUGGAUCUCUUCAACGAGGACGAGGUUCAUGCUCCUCCGGAGAGAGUACUGAAACUUUUCCCGAGGCUCAUUGCCGGUGAUUUGUCAGGUUAUACUGAAGAGAAGGACGCUGACUCCGACCACGAGCAAGCUAACGGCAACACGAACGGAGAGAGGACAACAAAGUCAGCAGCCGAGGCCAUAAUAGAAGCUGCCUCACCAUCAAAAGCUGGUGGAUUUACGAGAAUGUUUCUGGGUCACCGCAAGGUUGAUUCUGACACUGCCUCAGUCACCUCGUCUCGGAAAGAGGCUGAUACAGAUGAUGCCGCCAGUAUUGUAGGGAAGACGCCCGAGGAAGGAAAUGUUCUAGAGGGUAAGGACCUCAUGUCGGCCGUCCUCGAGCUUAGAGGCUUCCUCGCCGGUACAAGGGCCAGGCUGCAACGUGUCAUCGACCCCGUAACUGGCCGGCUGAAGCCAAGAAAGACGGAAAGUGGUUCCACAGAGGAGGCGUUCAAGAGCAUCUUGACGACAUCAAGAGAUGAAUCAGAGGAACAGCUUGAGAAGGAGUUGCAGGAUGAAUUCAAGUUGGUGGAUACAUGCCUCUUCCGAGCAUAUAUGUUCUCUGCGCCCACAUUGGCCAGCUCCCUAUUCCGAAUACCUAACUUCUGCGACCCCGACGUUGUCAACGAGAAGUUGCUCGAACACAAUCGGUACAAUGAGCUGGUAGAUUUCUUCUACGGCAAGAAGCUUCACCGACAAGCAUUGGAGUUGCUCAGGAAGUUCGGAUCAGGCGAUAAGCCUGAUGAAACAGCGCCCUCUUUGUAUGGGCCAGAAAGGACAAUCGGGUAUCUGCAAAACCUGCCUCCCGAGAUGGUCGACCUCAUUCUGGAGUUCUCAGAGUGGACACUCAGAAGUAAACCGGAAAUGGCCAUGGAGAUAUUCCUUGGUGAUACCGAAAAUGCUGAGACACUCCCCAGAGACAGAGUGUUAAAGUUUCUGGCCGGGAUCGAUACGGCCCUUGAGGUUCAAUACCUAGAUCAUAUCAUUACGGAGUUGAAUGAGACGGACCCAGAUUUCCAUAACAGACUCGUUGAGCUAUUGAUUAAGCAGCUCAAAGAUGGCUCUAAGAAGGAGUCCUGGGAGGAUCAAAUGGAGCGACUCGUCAAGUUCUUGAAGGAGAGUAGACAAUAUAGUCUUAGUAGGGCUUUUGGCCUUAUACCUAAAGAUGACCCCAAAUUCUACGAAGCUCAGGCAGUUGUCCUCAGCAACAUGGGGUCAGAUAAACAGGCUUUGGAGAUAUAUGUCUUCAAAAUGAAAGAUUACGCAAAAGCAGAAGAGUGA